AUGAAGGGCGUCUGGCUGCUGACUGCUCUUCUAGUACCUGUGCACCUGGUGACGGCCUGGAGCACCAAGUAUGCGGUGGACUGCCCUGAACAUUGUGACAGUAACGAGUGUAAAAGCAGCCUGCGCUGCAAGAGGACGGUGCUCGACGACUGUGGCUGCUGUCGCGUGUGCGCCGCAGGGCUGGGUGAAACUUGCUACCGCACGGUCUCGGGCAUGGAUGGCGUCAAGUGUGGCCCGGGGCUAAGGUGUCAAUUUUACAGUGAGGAGGAUGAUUUUGGUGACGAGUUUGGUAUCUGCAAAGACUGCCCCUACGGCACCUUCGGGAUGGAGUGCAAAGAGACCUGCAGCUGUCAAUCUGGCAUAUGUGACAGGGUGACCGGAAAAUGCCUCAAAUUUCCCUUCUUCCAAUAUUCAGUAGCCAAGUCUUCCAACAGGAGAUUUGUUUCUCAUACAGAGCAUGACGCGGCCUCUGGAGAUGGAAAUGCUGUGAGAGAAGAAAUUGUGAAAGAGAAUGCUGCCCAUUCUCCUGUAAUGAAAUGGCUAAACCCACGCUGA